AUGGCCGACUUUGCUGGUGGAGGGACUGCCCCCGUCCAUCCAGACCUAGGUCUUCUUUUUGAUCUCUCGCCUCUGCCUUCGCUCCUCCUUUCGCCCUCGUGGCGCAUCACCAGAGCCUCCGCGCGCUUUCUCGAAGAAUGGAACUCCUCCCCCGAGGCCUGCGUUGGCCAAGAACUGCUGGCCUUUGUGCAGAACCAACUCUCUCCAUCCCCCGUCCACCUCAAGUUUCUCACCACGGCCAUCGACGAUGCGAUUGCCUUGCGCGCAGAACGAACCUCGAUGCUGAUCAACACGAGGCGCUCCGUUUCCUGGAGGGCACGUGUGAUACCGUAUUUCAAGGGCGAUGAGCUUUUGGCCAUUGUCACGGAGUGGCAGAAGAACUUGUCCACAGACGACGAGGUCCAACCCGGCCUCUCCACCGAUGAAGCUUUCCGCAUCCUUGUUCAGGCAGUCAAGGAUUAUGCGAUAUUUCUACUUGAUACCACAGGCCACAUCGCGACGUGGAACACGGGCGCUGAACUCCUGAAGGGCUACCGACGGGAUGAAAUCGUCGGCAAGCACUUUUCUGUUUUUUACGGCAAGGAGGAUCUGGACAUCAAGAAGCCAGAGAUGGAGUUGGAGAUCUGCAUGCGCGAUGGCAGAGUGGAAGACGAGGGGUGGCGCUACAGAAAAGACGGCAGUCGGUUCUGGGCCAACGUCGUUAUCACGGCCGUGUACAAAAACGGCGUUCAUGUGGGCUUUGGAAAAGUGACACGAGACUUGACGGAGCGCAAGUCAGCCGAGUCUCGACUAAUUGCUGCCUACGAGGAGAGUGAGAAGCUCAAAUCCGACUUUCUGGCCAACAUGAGCCACGAGAUUCGCACCCCCAUGCACGGCAUGCUCUCGGCAUGCGCCUUGCUUCUGGACACAGGCCUCUCGUCGCGGCAGCGCGACAUUGUCGGCAUCAUGGACGAGUCAGGACAGGUGCUACUGCAGGUUAUCAAUGACAUCCUCGACUAUUCCAAAUUGGCAUCUGGGAGCUUUUCCAUUCACUCGGACAUUGUCGGCAUCACGAGCAUUGUCACCUCAGUAUUACGAAGCGUGCAGACGACAUUGCCCCCAUCUGUGCAUUUCGAAAUGUUUCUGGCGCCAGACCUCCCCAGGUCGGUGCAAGGCGACCCUCUGAGAUACCGACAGAUACUGCACAACAUUGUUGGAAAUGCCGCCAAGUUUACAGAAAAGGGCAGCAUUCGGGUCAGGGCCGGCGUGCAGCGAGAGGACCACGACAGCUAUAUAAUCAUGACCGAGGUGACAGACACCGGCAUUGGUAUCCGCGAGGCUGCCGCUGCAAGCCUUUUCACGCCUUUCACCCAGUUCGAUGCAACCACAACAAAACAGUACAAGGGCACUGGACUCGGUCUGUCCAUCGCCAAGUCAUUGGCCGAGUUGAUGGGGGGGAGCAUCGGGUAUCGCCCCAACCCCGAACGGCACGGCAGUAUAUUUUGGUUUACGGCGCGGUUCAAAAAGAUCAAGAGCCUUGAGCAAAUUCAAGACUGGAAGAGCAGGUUGGUCCGGAAGGGCGGUACAAUUCUGGCCAUGCCCGAGGCAGACGUGGUUAGCUUGCGACAAAAGCUGGCAGAGGUGGCUCCCAUCAAGAGUCUACUGCUGGUGGAAGACAAUGUGAUCAACCAGAAGGUUAUGCUUGGUCUCCUGAGGUCUCUCGGCUUCAAGAACACUGCGCUCGCCUCCAAUGGGUCCGAGGCGGUGAAUAUGGUGCGGAGCAAGCCCGCGGCCUACGACAUCGUCCUCAUGGACAUCAACAUGCCCAUUAUGGAUGGCCAUCAAGCUUCCAAGGCGAUACGGGAAGCAGACAUCCGGGUGCCCAUCAUCGCCAUGACGGCAUACGCACUCAAGGGUGAUAGGGAACGCUGCCUUGAGCACGGCAUGAACGACUAUAUCCCCAAGCCGGUCGACAAGAAGUAUCUCAUCAAGGUUCUAGCAAAGUGGCUCCUACAAAUGAAGGACUACAGGAAGAUCUUUGACGAACAAAUGAACAAGCUACGAAGCUACGAAUCUUUGACUCCGGGUGCGAAGGGCCAUGUUGCCGAUCGUCUGCAGAAACUUUCAUUAACUGUCCAGGGCGAAGAAGGCGAAGGAGGCGGAGCCGCCACACCGUCUGAUCGGUCGGUGGAAAACAAAGACCAAUCUGAUUCCCAUGGAGCACAGUCGUCAGACGACACCAUCAAUGUGGUCAAGCCUACCUCACAAGAGGAGAACCAGCACACCAGCAGUGUGGUAUCUUCACCACGUUUCGAGCCACUUUUGCCGCCAGUUCAGCUCGAAAUGCUGGACUCCACCCAGGACAUUGGCCUUAUGGUGACUGGAGACAUCGCGCCAAACGCUUGA